AUGCUUUACAGUUUUAAGCUCAGCGUGUUACUAACGGCACUGCUGCUCCAUACAGUGACAAGCAAAGGCGGUCGAACGCCCACACAAAGCAACAAACUACAAACGCUGCUGAUACCACAAAAGGAGGUAAACGAACCGGACUACAGCUUUGAGGAUGAGGGUUCCGUGAUUCUUGAAGUGCCGAUCGCAGAGGGUCCACGUGAUUUGGGCGCACUACUGGCUCUGCAGACAGCCACCACCCAAAGACCACACCAUGACCACCAUGAGCAUCAUUAUCAUCACCACCAUCGCAGACCCGCUAGGCGGCCACCGAAAAGACGACCAUGCUAUGACGACGAAGAAGAUAGUGACGAAUGCGAUGAAUAUUAUUAUGGUCGGCCAUCGUGGCAACAUACAUCGCACUGGUAUGUAGCGUCACCGCAACUUCCACCAGUAGCUAGUCCAAAACCAUCUCAUUAUGGACCACAGCCAAAUUAUUAUCCUCAACCAUCAUAUCCUCCACAACAGUACUAUCCGCCACAAUAUUAUCCACCACCUUAUUAUCCAUCACCAUAUUAUCCCCCACCGUUUUACUACAACUUUCCACCAUGGUACUUUUUUAACCGGACAAUCACUGGAUAG